AUGAACGCCGCCACGACCGUCUUCUCCAUCGCCGAACUCCUCGAGCUCAUCCUCCUCGCCCUGCCCAGCGUCUCCACCAGCCAGGAGCUCCUGGCCAUCCGCACCAUCCUCCUCGGCCGCACCACCACCCGCGCCUGGCACCUCCUGCUCUCGCGCUCGACCCGGCUGCGUCAACGCCUCUACCGGGCCACGCCCGCCGGCCUCCUCGCCGCCCACAAGGACUGGGCCGUGCCGCAGUGCUGUCCGCCCGCCCGGCCGAACCCCUGGAUCCCGCCCCUGCUGCUGCAGCAGCGGGGGUGGGGCGCGCUGUACCCCUUCGACGACGUCUACGACCGAUACGGCGUGGCGGCCGCCGCGCCCCGGCACUGGACCUUCUCGGUGGAGUUCUCCGCCGCGCAGUACCGGCGGCGGCGGAGGGUCGACGAUGCCGCGCGGGGCUCGUGGCGGGACAUGUUGGCGGCGCAGCCGCCGUUCCUGCGGUUCUGGUACACCCGGUGCGUGUAUGAGCUGGGCAGCGGCCGGGCGCCGUUCGUCACGUAUGUGGACUAUGAGCCCGGGAGGCCGAAGAGCCGGCAGAGGUAUUGCGUGCAUUGCGCGGGAGGGGUGACGUUGGGGGCGAUCUGGGACGCGGUGACGAGGUUGUUUGAGGAGGAUCCCGGGGCGCAGUUCGUGAUGGUGGAGAGUUUGUGUCCGACGGAGGAUGGGGAGGAUGGGGGAGGCGGAGAUGUGGAUUCGGUGGUCGAGCUCGGAUCGGACUGCUCGGCGGCUCCAGGGGUCGUCGUGGCACGGAACGGGUGA